AUGGGAGGAGUUCCUACACCAAGAUGUAUCAUUGUUCGUCAUGGACAAACUGAAUGGUCCAAAUCCGGUCAAUAUACCGGACUCACCGAUCUGCCUUUGACUGAAUACGGUGUCGGCCAAAUGAAAAGAACCGGUCAAAGUAUCUUCCGUAACAAGUUCAUUGACCCCACUCACAUCACUUACAUCUUUUCGUCACCUCGUAAGAGAGCAAGACAAACAGUUGACUUGGUUCUCGAGACUUUACCUCAGGAACAAAAAGACCGUAUCCGCAUUGUCAUUGAUGAGGACUUGAGGGAAUGGGAAUAUGGAGACUACGAAGGACUUCUAACUUCUCAAAUUGUUGAGCUAAGAAAGUCUAGAGGUUUAGAUAAGGAGAGACCUUGGAACAUCUGGAGAGACGGUUGCGAAGGUGGUGAAUCGACCGAAGAGUUUGGUUUAAGACUUUCCCGUGCUAUUGCCAGAAUUCAAAACUUGCACAAACAACACCAGAAAGAGGGCAUUGCUUCUGACAUUAUGGUAUUUGCACACGGUCAUGCUCUUCGUUACUUUGCUGCCCUAUGGUUCAAGCUUGGAGUUGAAAAGGAAUGCGACGGGAAGCAACCCCAGCCACCAACUUACAAGGAUGACACUGUCCCUUAUGUGCCCUUAAAAACCUACAGACACUUGGUCGAUAACCCUAACUUUUUGUUGGACGCUGGUGGUAUCGGAGUUUUGUCUUAUGCUCACCAUAAUAUUGACGAACCAGCGUUAGCGCUGGCUGGAGCCUUUGUCCCUCCACCAGAAGAAGAAUCUCAGCACGGUGACGUUAUCUGA